UCGCGGCGUGGCUGUGCGGCCGGCGGUCGGGGGCUGACGCGUGGGCGCGGCGACGGGGCGGAGGGUCCCAGCGGGAUGUAACCGUACGGCGCCGGAGAGCGGGCGGCUCGCCGCAGCUACCUCGACACUCACAGAUCCACCGGCGGCCGAUGAUGGAGAUCCGGUGCCCGCUUCCUGGCGGCGCCCCGCUGGCAGACGGCCGCCGCCGCCGUCCGCGGCCGCUGCCGCUGCUCCUGACACUGCUGCCGCUGCUGCUGCCCGCGGCGUCCGGUAUCGACUGUUUCCGGUGCAGCUCCGUGAACGGCUCCGACCCGCGCUGUCAGGACCCGUUCCACAACAACUAUACCGACCUGCUCGUCUCCGGCUGCAUGGGAGGCAGAAAACAGAGGAACGGCCUCUUCCCUGCCAGCGCCUGUGUUAAACUCUCAGGAUUUUACAGCGAUGACGGGACCAGUAUGAUCAUUAGGGACUGCGCCGUGGACAGUGCCACGCUGACCAUCGAUACGGAGCUGACACGGAUGUCGCACUGCGGCAGCUUCGAGUUUCAGGACAGGUAUGUCCACGGCUGUAUCUCGGCCUGUGACAGUUUCGACGGCUGCAACACGGCGGUAGUGCGCCGCGGCGGCUGGCUGCUGGCUCCAGCGCUGGCCCUAACGCUGGCUGCAAACACAGGUGUGGUUCAACACGUGCUACUGGCACUGACACUGGCUGCUGCACCUCCCAGUCCACCCGACAGGUAACGAACAAACUUAUGAUCACAGAGGACCUCAGAGCCAUGGGAAACUGGAGAAUACCUACUCAGGAGCCUUAUCAUAGAGGGACUCGGCAGAAAACAGCGGACUAAAAGCUCCGAGGGAUUGCAGCUAGUAAACCGUCUGAUAGCUAAAUGGAACCAUCAAUAAGAAAGAUGCCUAAGGGCAAGACGAUGACGAUGGCAACGAUGACCUGAAGUCUGAAGAUUAUUUGAAGGGCGUCUGUAAUAAGCAGAGGUUAAUAGGAAAUCAUGAAUUGAGGUCUACAAAACUGAUAGAUAUGGCACGUAGUCGCACACACAAGUCGGAAGCGCAGACAUCACAGAAAUAUUUAAGAUCAAGAUCAACACUGAAACCAUGCUUGGCAAUUAUGCAAGCUAAAAUACUGCAUUUAAAUGUGUAGCAGUACGCCACAGUGCAACGAACUGACUAUUGACAUUUGACAACGUGAAUUUUUUUCCAGCCGGCACGAUGUUCCCGAAGCUAAAUACCGUCCAUAUUUGUGUUCACCGUCAGUUCAACAAGCUGUCGCACUGUGUACCUAACAAUGUAUCACCGCCAGUCUUCAGAUGACAUGGAAAAGAGACGAAGAUUAAAAAUGUCCAAGCGAUUGGAAAGAAAACGGCAACAGCCCACAGCUCUCGCGACUCUCAGUGUUCGUUAGACGUUAAUCGCUGAGUUAUAUAAGUGCUUUGUUUGUGGAUUAGAUAGAGAUAGUGCCUGAUGGAAGUUACGGUCAAACUGUAGUGGGCAAUGAGCACACGUGACCAAUGACCACUCGUGGAAAUACCACACUUUGUUCAAAGAACCCAGCAAUGUUUCAAUAGUAAAGAGUGAAUAGGACGAACCAAUAACAGUCUAGUAGGUUUUAUGCAAAAGUUUUGUUACGAGACGCAGCGAAUUUCACAAAUGUGCCGCAUUAUAAUUACAAUUGUGCUGGACGGACCCAUCGUCGUUCGUACCUUGGUUGCCCGUGCCUACCGUUUGUUUUGUAUUUUUGUUUUGUUUUUCAUACCCUGUCGACCGAAAUAGUUGUCUUUAGAACAUUCACCCAUGGUAGGUAAAUGAAACGACAAUGCGUUAUGUUUGGUGGAGUUAGUGCAAUGAAUUCGAAGUCAAUACACUGGUGUUUGUAUUCGUAACGUGAGUUUUUAAUUUAAUACAAUGUGUGUGCGGGAUA